AUGAGUGAUAGUGUAAUAAAUUAUUUUAAUAAUAUUUUAGUGCAUAAAACAAUAACAAAAGAUAUGCUAGUAGAUAAAUUAGGACUAGUUAGAGAUAAAGCAUUCUCAUUCUCAGAUGCAAAUAUAACCAGUCAGUGUAAGGAUGUGCUUUCUUCAAUUUUAGGGUUACAAAUGGCCUUAUUUGGCUGUAUGUUCCCUAUAUUUAAUGGUGCCAUUAUAAUUUUAUUAUACUUAUACCAUUAUAUACUAAGAUUACUAACAAAUAUAUGCAAUGUCCUGUCUAAUACUAAUAAUACAACAGCAGUUGAAAUUAGUCAUGAAUUACUUAAUAAUAAUUUAUAUACAGUAAUUACUGUUAUAUUUAUAGGGUUAAUUAUGUCCUGUAUAAUAUUAGUACUAUUUAAGUACUUUAUAAGACUGUUCGUAUUCAUAUCCUGUAUAUUUAUAUGUGUAGAGGGACCUGUCCGUGGUAUAUUUAUACAGUACUUUACUGAUGGUGUAAUUAUACCGUUAAUAUUUGGUAUACUUAUGGGCAGUGUACUUAUGGUUUAUUUUGAGAAGGUGUUUAAGAAGUCUGUUUUAAUUGUACUGUUCUCUGUUGUAGGGUGUGCACUGCUGUUUAUUGGUGUAGGGGAGAUAAGUAAUAUUAGGUACCCUAUUGCUGAGUCAAUUAUUACGUUAAGUGCUCCUACUGCUCCUAUAAUUAAUAUUGUUAAAUCAUCUGUAUUAUUCUUCUUUACAGUUGGUGCAUCAAUUGUUAUACAAAUUUUUAUAUAA